AUGGAGGGAAUUGAAUUCCAUCAUGAUGGUGAAAGCAGUUCCAGUUCAAUAAAUAGGGGUCGAGAGAUUCAAUCUUCAUACAUGGGAAAUAUUAUUGAACAGAUUGAUAUGGCUUCAAGUGAACAUCUAUCAUCUCGUAUGCCCGGUGACAAUUGUUCAUGGUGUUUAAAGGCCUCAAGUCUAAAUGAGUCAAGGCUUUUCAAGAUUAGGAAUUUCUGUGAUGUGCACACAUGCUUGUUAAAGGAUAGAAUUUAUGAACAACGUCAAGCAACUUCCAAUGUCGUCAGCAUUAUUAUAAUGGAUAAGUAUGAAGAUCCAAAAACAAUAUACACACCCAAGGAUAUAUCUAGGGACAUGAGGAAACAACAUGGUGUAACAUUGACCUACAUGCAAGCUUAUAGAGCGAAGCAAAAGGCAAUGAUUAUGUUGCGAGGGGAUCCGACCGACUCGUACAGUAAACUUCCAGCCUACUUAUACAUUUUACAGAAGACAUAUCCGGGAUCGGUUGUAAGAUUGGAAAAAACAGAGGAAGACCGUUUCUUGUAUACCUUUGUAGCACUGGAAGCUUGUAUUAGAGGAUGGGAGUAUUGCAGACCUAUAGUGGUGGUUGACGGAACCCAUCUUAAAUCAACUUACAAGGGGACUAUGCUAAUUGCUUGUACAUUGGAUCCAGGAGGUAGUAUACUGCCGCUUGCAUAUGGUAUAGUUGAUUCCGAAAAUGAUUCAUCUUGGACAUGGUUCUUUGAGCGGUUCAGGGAAGCUUUUGGUGAGAGGGAGAACAUGUGCUUUGUGUCGGACAGGCAUGAAAGUAUAUGGAAUGCGAGUGCAAAGCAGUUGUACCCUGGGCUGCCUCAUUAUGCCUGUAUUUGGCAUUUGUGGAACAAUUUAAUUAAGCAAUGCCACAGAAACAAAGAGCAGAUGAGGAAAUUAUACUAUGCAAUGGCUAAGGCAUACACCCUCCAAGAGUUUAAUGAAUGCAUGGGAAGGGUGACCAAAAUAGAUAGGAAGCUGAGGAGAUACUUGUUUGAGAUUGGUUAUCAUAAAUGGACACGGAUACAUGCAACAGUAAAAGAACAUGGACACGGACUUCAAACAUAG